AUGAAUUCAAAUAGUAAUACACAAUUAAUUUCUUCAUCGGUUAGAGAUCGGGAAAUCUACAUCAACAAUGGUAUGCAAAUAGCAACUCCAACAGCUAUACAACAAUUUUCAUCAUCAGUUCCGAAUGAUUACUAUUUUGAAAAACGAUCCUUCUACUCACAAAACAAUUCCUCUUCUUCAACACCAACAUCGUUAAAAACUGGAGAAUUUAUUUCAAAUGCAGAAGUAUUCAUUAGUGAUUGUCCUCUCAUCAAUCAAGUAGUCUUUGAAAAGUGGCUUCAGGGAGCUUCUAUUGAACAAACAUCAAAUUUCCUCUUUGAAAAACAACGAGCAUCUAGACAAGAAUAUUUUGCUAAAUAUUCAUUCUUUAUUGAAAAUUAUUUCAAAUUAAUUAUUCAUGAAGUUACCUAUCAGUACAGAAUAUUUACAGAUUUUCAACCUUAUUUACAAAAUCCUUCCCUUUUUAUGAGUUGUAAUACAAUUUUACAAGUUGCUCCGAGUGUCAAACAAUCACUCAUUCAACAAUAUUUUGAUUUUGAUGAAAGAGUUUAUAGAGAAUUGAUGGGAAAGAAAUUAACUUCAAAACUCAGAAGAGAUUUGGAAGAAAUUAGUGAAAGAUGUAAUAUUGAAAUUAUUUCAGUGAGGAGACAAUUUGACAAUUUGAAAACAAUAUUUAAAUUUAUCAAAGCAGCUGCUUCCUCUUCAUUGAGUGAAUUUAUUACUCUUCACAAACACGACAAUGGUCAAUCAAUAAUUGCAAGAAUCAUUCAGGAAAAAUUCAUGCUUUCUGAAAAGUUAGCAGAGAAAUAUGCAACAUUAGUUUUCAUGAUUUAUCAAAGAUUUGAACUCAAUAAGAAGGUGAUGAAGGAUUUCAAAUUCCAAGAUAUUUACUUUUUAUGUUCACAAAUUUUCAAACAUUGGACCUAUCAUACUAAGGGAACUUCUGUCUCCUCUUCUAUACCCAAUGCCAUUCUCAACCAUACAAACACAUCAAGUGUUGAAGUUUCUACAAGUCCAAUAACAAUAACUACAAGUAUGAAUGCUACAGGUGAGGAAGUACAAAUUACAAUAUUCGAUUCUCAUCAAAUAGCAAUUGAUUUUAUGAAAUUUAGAGAUAUCAAGACAAUAAUAUUUUCAGAUAAAAUCAGACUGAAUGAAUAUAUUAAGAGUAUAAAGAAGGAAUUAGCAGAUGAUAAGGCAUUUACUACUGAUGUAUUAGAAAGAAUUGAUGAAAUUAUAAUCAACUCUUUAAAAUCACUACUACAAAUUGGCCAAGGAUUAACAAAAGAAAUGAGAGACAUUUUCACAGAUCUGUACGAUAAAUUCAUUGAACCUAUUGAGGAGAUUAAUCUAUCAGGUCACCAAUUAUUCCAAUUGUUGGAAGCUGCACGUGAAAGUUUCUUAAAGAUCUCAACAGCUAAACCACAGCAUAUUCAAAAGUAUUACCCAACUUUCUCUUUGUACAUGAUGGUCAUUAGGGAUAUCGUUAGGUAUUUUGAACUCAAUAACGAUCAUACACUCUCCUACUACAAGAACAAGGUAACAGGAGGUUCACCCAAUAAGAAGGAGGAAUUAAAACUUGGCACUUUAACUUUGGAUCCAACCAACACGAUUGUGGAAAUAUUUCAUGAAAAGGAAAAUUCGGAGGAGGUUUCAUCACCUUCCACUUCUUCCUCUUUUAAUAAUUAUUCAUCAUCACCAUCGAAUGGUUCAAUGAUGCUUGGAAAUGGUUCAUUCUUUAGUUCAGCAUCAUCAUCUUCUAGUUCAUUGGCAACUUCACAAAAUGGAAAGUCGAGUGAAAUUGUCGUUUCUCCACAAAUUUACGAUGUGAAAAAGUUGAAAGAGGAGAAGGAAUACAUGCUAAACUCUAAAAUGAUUCAAUGUAUUUAUAGGGAAAGGCAGAGGAAGCAGAGAUCAUUCAGGAAGGACAGAAAACAAAGUGCAUUUUCUAGAAUUUCAACGAGAUAUCAACAAACACCAAUUUCAAACUCACAAAAUGAAAUUCCAGGAUCUGUUUCUUAUUUAACAUCUUCCCAAUUGACUACAAUGACAACCACUUCAUCUACAUCUUAUUUCUUUUUGAAAAAAGUGAAAAAGUACAAAUUUUCAAUUACAGUAGGUAAUAGUCAGAGUGGAGGAAAGGUCUAUAAGGACAGGAAGUAUACAUUCUAUUGUGAAACUGAAGAGGAAAGGGAUAUGUGGAUUAAAGGAAUUAUUUCAUCGAUUGAGAAACAAGUUAAAGCUCAAAUUAGAAAACCAUAUACAUUCGAAUCGAUAAGACUUUAUUCCAAUUUCUUGGCAUUUAUUGGAGAUGAGUCACAGGAAAUGAUUAUUCAUGCCUUGAAUAAUAUCAGAUCACCAGUUCAAGAAUCAUUUUUGGUUGCUUGGAUGGUUGUUAUGGAUUGCUUUUCAUUUCACAAGUCAUGUAUUGGACUAGUUAAAGCAGCAAUUAAGGUCGAACUGGAGCUGACAAAGCAUCCAGAAACUCUUUUCAGAAGAAAUUCUAUAUCUACCAAAUUAGUUCAAUUGUUUUUCAAAAUACAUGGUCAAGCUUUCCUAAAAUCAACACUUCAACAACUCAUUGCCAAAAUUUGCAUUGCCGAUGAGUAUUUGGAAAUAGAGGAGAGUCGUCUGAGAGAAUUUUUAAAAAAGGAACUCGAUGACAUUGAUCAUCCAGAGAAACCAAAUGGAGAAAUUAUUAAUCAAAUCAUUUCAUCGAGACAACAACGUAACAAGACAAGAAUUGUUGACAUUUCAAAACAAUUUUUGAAUAGAAUCAUUUCGAAUACAAUUAAUGAGGGACCAUUUGAAAUUUGUGAAAUAUUGGAAUUUACCUACGAGGAGAGUAAGAGAUUAUUCCCAGAGAGUGCAGAAAUCGCAGUUGGUGGUUUAUUCUUUUUGAGAUUUGUCUGUCCUGCAAUUAUUUCACCCCAUUUACAGGGAAUUCUCUCAUUCCAACCUCAAAGCAACUCCCAGAGAACUCUCACACUCAUUACUAAAAUCAUUCAAAAUAUUGCCAAUCAAGUUUAUGAGAAUAAUACCAAGGAAGAGUACAUGGCACUGGUUUCAGAGUUUAUUACUCAACACAUUGAAAGUACGAAGGAAUUUAUCAGAGAUAUCAGUAGCUUGGAUCAAGAUGCUAAAAAGUUUGAAAAGAAUAAGAGACUUACAAUGAGGUUUGGUCAGUCCAAUUCUGAUUUGGAGUUGAAUUGUUAUCAUGUCAUUCACGAGUUUUUCAGAACCACUGAGGAUGGAAAGAAAUUCAACACUCAAAAUCCAGAACUUUUCAAAUUUUACACCCGAAUGUUGGACUCACUCAAUGAGGAUGUGAAGAGUGAGCUCAAUGUAAACAAACCUCAAGAAAAACAACCUCCAUCUACACCUCCACCAGAAGUCAAACCUAAAAUUCCAAAAGAAACUUCACCUAUCGAUGCCAGUAAGAGAAGAAGAGGCGCUACCAAGCUGAAUCAGGAACCUGCAAUGAUACCAAGUGAACCAAAUAUUCCUCGUGUGUUACCAACAACAGCUCCAAUAGUUAUCAAUUUUGAUAGAAUGAGCAUUUCAGAGUCAAGAUCGCCAAUCGAUACACGUAAGAGUGUUUCGAGCAGCUCAGAAGCACUUUCAACCUCUCGAAGAAGAAGAGGCGUUGUACACAAUGUGAAUGUCUUGAGUCCAGCAGAUGAUCAUUCCAGUAGUCAUAGAGAGAGUUUCAGUGUGACAAUCGCUCAUGAAAUUGAAAGUGCAAUCUCUCAACAAAUUGAUUCACCAAGAAAGGUUGACUCACCAAGAAAAGAUACUCCAGUAAUAACUCAAACGGAGAAAGAACCUACUCAAGAAACUAUUGCACAGGAAUCACCAAAGAGUGAAUCAGAAUCAGACGAUGAUUUCAGUAACACUGGAGAUGUUUCACUCCUUCAACAAAUGAAUAAUUCAACCAGGUUGACCACUACUAAAACACAAGAUGAUGAACUAGAAAAGAUUGUAAUUCUAACCUCUUUGAAUGGAGAAAAUACUCCAAUGAAUGAAAGUGAUGAAGCAUUCACGGCUGACACUCCAAACGAUGCAGAUGAUAGAGAACUACUUGAACAAAUUGUAAACACAACACGAAUUACAACAAGUUCAAUAGAUAUCGAUUACAUUAUUAAUAUGGAAGAAAAGAAGGAAUCGGACUCUAUUUCAGAAUCGUCCAGUGAUGAUGAAGAGGAAGAAGUUUCUUACAACUUGUUAGAAAUAUUUGGAAAGGGAGAGGAAUUAUCUGAGGAAGAGUUUGUCAAUCUCAUCAUUAAAUAUAUUGACGAAAGUGGAAAGGAAAUUAUGUCUGAAUGCCAAAGGGGCUCAGAUAGAAUUCAAUACCUCAUUAAGAACAAGUUCAUUAUUGCCUUAAUUGCCUUAUUUUCACUUAGAUUGAAAACUGAUAAGGGUGUUUGGCAAUUAGCUUCUAACUUGUGUUCACUUUCUGAAAAUGAGAGUUUAAUUGAAGUUUCUAAUGAAUUAAUUGGCUCAUUUGAACUAUUCAAGCAAAGACACUCUGAAUUGGAUCCUCACCAACAAGAGUACAUUUGCUUCUGCUCAUUCAUUUGUAGAAUUAUCAAUAAGGGAACACUAUUCGAAACUCUGACCUAUCUACUCAACGUUCAAGAAUUGGAUUUGAUUCUCUCCGAAUAUUAUUCACACGAAAGCGAUUACGAUAGUGAUGGUUAUGAAUUGGAUAAUAUCGAUUUACUUUCAUUCCCAAUUAUUCAUACAAAAACUUCACUAAUUUCCAUUUGUGAACAAUUAUCAUCCUGUUUACAAAAGACAAUUUCACACAAUUUUGAAUUGGACUCUUCAUUUGAAUCGUGUAAUCUUUCUUUCAUGUAAAAUAAAAAACAAAAAUUUAUUUG